CCCAGCACGCCAUUCCCUCCUCCCUCGGUCCGCAGGCGGUCAGAGGGUCACCCAGAGCCCCGCUCGGCUCCCCUCAGCCUCUUUCCUGGUGGCUGGGGCCUCCCCCGCGCUGGGAUUGGAUGCGAGAGAACGGGGUGGGCGCGGGUGGGGGACCCCAGAAGCCCAGGUUCCCAGCUCGGGCGUAGAAGAGCCCGCAGUGCAGACGCUGCUGGCCCGCGCCCCGGAGGACCUCAGCAAAGACCUGGCGGGCCGGCGGGCGGCGCGGAGGAGGUGGCAAAGACAGCGGUGGUCCCCGCGGGCACUGGGUGCGCCAAGAUGUUUGACAGCUCACAGUAUCCCUACAAUUGCUUCAAUUACGACGCGGACGACUACCCAGCCGGCAGCUCGGACGAGGAGAAGCGGCUCACACGGCCCGCUUACAGCUACAUCGCGCUGAUCGCCAUGGCCAUUCAGCAGAGCCCCUCAGGCAGGGUGACCCUGUCCGGCAUCUACGACUUCAUCAUGCGCAAGUUCCCCUACUACCGAGCCAACCAGCGCGCCUGGCAGAACUCCAUCCGCCACAACCUGUCCCUCAACCGCUGCUUUGUCAAGGUGCCUCGGACGGAAGGCCACGAGAAGGGCAAGGGCAACUACUGGACGUUCGCGGGCGGCUGCGAGUCGCUGCUGGACCUCUUCGAGAAUGGCAACUACCGGCGGCGGCGCCGGCGCCGUGGCCCCAAGCGGGAGGGGGUGGGGGAGGCGAGGGCGGGGGGCGUGGAGGGGCCUCCGGGGCCGCCUGAGCCAGCCCCCCACCGCCAGCCCCCGGCCCCUGUUAGCUGCGCUGCCACGGGGAAGGAGGAGCCCAGGGGCAUCAAGUUCAGCAUUGACUACAUCCUGUCCUCACCCGACCCUUUUCCAGGGCUCAAGUAUCCCUACGGCCCCCAGGAGGGCAGAAACCCCCGGCUGGAAACCCAGCAAAUGAACCUCCACCUUUGGACAGUAUGAGUCAGGGCUGGCACCCAGUUAGUCUGGGGUCUUCCAGGUGACUGCAACCCCACCUCGAGCCAAGAAGCAAAGUUUUGCCACAUCCUACUAUCUUCCACAGACACGUCCCUGCUCCGUGCUGCAAACCACCCUGGGCUGGAGAGACAGGAGGUCAGUCUUCGGGCUUCAUCCUUCAGAGAAAGUUCCCUUGCAAGAAGACCCAUGGGGUCCUGCUUAACUGAAGCGUUUGCUCUGGAUUCACUGAAUGAUCCUUCUCGAGGAAUAGGAACACAGGUUUAGGGCCACGUUCACUUGGACCCAAGGUAGCAUUUCAUCCCUCCGUAAUCUGAGAAUCGGCUGCAUAGACAGCCACACCCUGGAAGGCGGCCAGUACGCUCAGUCUACAGUUGGCGAAGUGGGUGGGCAUCU